UGUCUAUCUGCUACUACCACUCAGCUACUCAGGAGACAGAACCUUGAGUAUCAUAUUUAUAGCAGGACAAUCGGAGCCCACACUCAGAUAACCGUUUAUCUCUCUUUCCAUCAUUGAUUUCCGAUGGCUCAAGCCAACAAGCCUCAGGAAUUCGAGACGCUGCAGCUGCACGCUGGUCAGGUUGUUGAUCCUACCACCAAUGCUCGCGCAGUUCCCAUUUACUCAUCCACGAGCUUCGUCUUCAACGACUCUAACCAUGGCGCAGAGCUUUUCGGCCUGAAGGCUUUUGGACACAUAUAUUCUCGUAUUGGAAACCCCACUGUCGAUGUAUUCGAGAAUCGAAUCGCUGCCCUUGAAGGUGGCGUUGCGGCCGUUGCAACGGCUUCUGGUCAAUCUGCGCAAUUCCUCGCGAUUUCCACGAUAGCCAGUGCAGGCGACAACAUCAUUUCAACAUCUUAUCUCUACGGAGGGACAUACAACCAAUUCAAAGUGACCUUCAAGAAAUUUGGUAUCGGAGUGAAGUUCGUGAAUGGCGAUGAUCCGGAGCUUUUCAGAGCAGCAAUCGAUGAGAACACGAAGGCAAUUUACGUCGAGAGCAUCGGUAACCCAAAGUACAACGUUGCGCCCAUUCCUGAGCUGGCGAAAGUCGCGCAUGAUCAUGGCAUCCCCUUGAUCGUAGACAACACCUUCGGGAUGGGAGGAUACCUCAUCAAACCCAUCGAGUUGGGCGCAGACAUUGUUGUACACAGCGCAACCAAGUGGAUUGGAGGUCAUGGAACGACGAUUGCAGGUGUUGUCAUCGAUUCAGGCAAGUUCAACUGGGCACGCUCCGGCAAGUUCCCGUCGUUCACUUCUCCCUCUGAGGGAUACCAUGGCAUGAUCUUUCACGACACAUUCGGUGCUCUCGCUUUCGCUAUCAAGCUUCGCGUAGAGUUACUCCGUGACCUGGGUCCGGCCCUGAACCCAUUCGCCGCGUUCUUGCUCCUUCAGGGUCUUGAGACGCUCAGCUUGAGGGCUCAGAGGCACUCCGAAAACGCUUUGGCGCUUGCUCAGUGGCUGGAAAAACACGAGAAGAUCGCAUGGGUCUCCUUCCUCGGUCUAGAAAGUCACUCCUAUCAUCAGAAGGCGAAGCAGCUUCUCCGUCCAAACGCAUUUGGUGGUGUCCUCAGCUUCGGCAUCAAGGGUGACGUUAGUGUGGCAAGCAAGGUUGUCGACAGCCUGAAGCUGGCUAGUCAGCUUGCAAACGUUGGUGACGCCAAGACGCUUGUCAUCCACCCUGCAACGACGACGCACCAACAGCUCAGUGAUGAGGAGCAGCUGGCUUCGGGAGUCACGCAUGAUCUCAUCCGGGUGUCCGUAGGCAUUGAACAUAUCAAUGAUAUCAUCGCGGACUUUGAGCAAGCUUUGAGGGCUGCACCUUGAAUAAUGUCAGGAAAGAAAGAGAUAUUGUACUAGCAAUUGGACGCUGUCUCAUGCAUUGAUUUCUAAAUUGUAUUGCUACAAUCAAGCUAGGAAGAACAUUUUUAAGCAUCGCCCGACGUCCGACGGGGCUCGUCAAGGGUUGUCCUGAUAUACUCUCACAUGUCUUGUCAGAUUAAUAAUUAGAAUGACAUCGGACCGAGUGGUUGAAAAGCG